GACUUGGAGGAGCAUCACCACUCUGUUAAAGCGAUCACCUUUACGAGGCGAAUUUUGCUGGAGAGCAAUUUGUAGGAAGGAAACCGCAGUUUCCUCCCACUUCACUGCGCGCCACACAGGUAGGAUUUAUGACAACAAGCUAUAAGUAUGAAAGAAAGUGCGCGACAAACAUCUUCUGAACCCGACGUGUGGACCAUAUGAGAUGAGCAGCAGGCGGACAUCUACCUUGAAGUUGAUGGAUUUUCACUCGAUGCUGGCGGGAGAUUAAUUUGACAAGUGCGCUGCAUCCUCAUCAGGCUAUGGUUCAUUUUGGGAAUAUCUGACAUGGCAAGGAUAUUAUCCGUCCUGGCGAAAAUCAUGCUCUUCAAAAUACUGGCACUGAUUCUCCUACAAGGUGUCUUCGAUGCUCUGGUCAUAUCCGAGGUCAACCCCGCAGAUCUCCCAGACUCCAACAGGAAGUCUGACUCCGGGAUGUCCGCGGGUCCACAGCUGUCUGAGGCAAUGGAGACAAAGUCCAGACCCAAGCGCUGCACGUGUUAUUCCUACAAGGAUAAAGAGUGCGUCUACUACUGCCACUUGGACAUCAUCUGGAUCAACACUCCUGAACGCACUGUGCCCUAUGGAAUGUCGAGCUACAGAGGACCUCAGCGAAUAAGACGUGCUGUUGGUGGACCAACAACUGACUGCAAGGAGGCAAAGACUCAGCGCUGUGUUUGUGCUGUGCUUGACACAGAUACUGAGUGCCAUAAUUUUUGUCUGUCAAGCCCCAUGCAGACAGUGCCAAUCAGGAGUUUCCUCAGAGUGCCCGGUCCAGGAUGAUAGUUUGAUGCCUCUCCAUCUUCUGCUCUUCUCCUGUGAGGGAAUGGACCUUCCUAUCAUCUUCAGCCCCUUCACUCUUCUUUUGGCACUCUUGCCUCCACAUGUACACUCACAUUCAAGAAAAGAGCUUUGGAGUUUGACAAUACCGACAUUCUUCAGCAUCAUAACUCUUGGAGCAAGUUCCAUCAAGCUGAGCGGUUUAAAGAACUCUUCAGUAAAUUCGAUACAGAUCCCUUGAGGCUCUUUUGUUCCCUCUUGAGAGUAGCAAGAGGAUUAUUUUCACCAUAACAUAACAGACAAUGUCCUUGCUUCUGUUAAGCAUGAUCAUUUUUUUCACACCAAACAACACAGUGUGUUGGAUUACACUUGACUCUCUCUUUCAAAACAGUGAGAUAAGCUUGUAUCAGUCUUUCAGGGACAACAAAGACAUACACAGCAGAAAGACCAUGGAAAGUAGGAGUAAGGCAUGACCAUCUUGUAUCACUCCUUAAAAAAUACCAAAACAUGCAAAAAAAAAAAAAAAAAAAAAAAAAAAAUUAAAAAAAGGGGGAAAGUUUUUGAGCGCCUGUUUCAUGGGGCAUAUCGCUGAGCUUUGAAGUAUGAGACGAUGUGCAGUCUGUCUGGAAAGCAUUCAUGCCCUGCAUAUUUUGUUCAUAGCACUUCUUUCAGCAAUAAUAUAUCAAUCUGUUAUUACAGUAUCAGUCAUAUUUUGAGCUUUUACCCCAGUGCCUCACUGUGAACAAAUUUUGAAAAGACCAAAACCAAUUAUGAAUAUGUUUUUUCGAUCUUGAUAUCUUAUUCCUCUGUGCCAUAGUUGUCCAUUGUUGUCCCAGAGCUAUUAAAAAUACAUUAAUGAACCACACUGUGGAACUGGGUGACAUGUUCCCUCAUCAUAAAUAACACAGGCACUGUAGUAUAUAUAUAUAUGUAUAGUGUAUAUUAAUCCCCAGCUGAAAAUGGUCCCCUAUAAAUGCAGUAUGUGCUCCAUUUGUGAAAAAAACUGAAGUAUCCAGCUGUUUCGGGAUAAUACUCAGCUUUUAUAAAAGAUUAAACUAUAUAUUUAUGACUCAUUUUUACAGAUUUAUAUUUUCUUAGAAAUAAAUGGACGAGGGACUGAAUGUUACAGGCUGGAUAGGGAAGAUGGAAAGCACUGAGAGUGUCUGAAAAUACUAAAUAAUUCCAGAUUUAUCUUUCCAGGCUAAAUGGCUUUGAUUGGGAGCCACAUUUUAACAAAUUACAACUCCUUAGUGAAUUAAUUCAAUGACUCUAUGGAGUAAAGAAAAAACUGAAUGCACCAUGUAGCUCUAAUUCGAAACAGACUGUGGUAUAAGCAUGUUGAAUUCUGGGAAACUAUACUGCUAUCAGAGUUUAAAAUUAUAUAAACAUUCAGUUGAUUGAUUCUUUUCCUUCCUUUUGGGGCUACAUGUGCUCUUCCAUCAGUAAUCAAAUCCUUCCGGUUUCUCUCUCCUGUGCCUCCAUGAGUCUGCGUCCCUGUCCAGUUUGUCACAUAGUUCUUUUGGCUGCUUCCGAGCUAUCUACUUAUUUAUCUUAUUAAAAUGUGUGCACCUUGUAUAAUUUUCCACCAAAAACAGAAAUAGCUCUCCUGCCAAAAGAACAGUGUUUUUUUUUUUUUGUUUUUUUUUUGUCUCUGAUUUGUUUUUUGGGGGGUUUUUUGGUCAUUUUUUUUUGUCUAGGAGCAUUGUGUUUCAACAAACCAAACAGUUUAGAAAAUUAUGUGGUCCACUGUCAAAAAUAAACGGGCACAACAGAAAGAGUAAGUGGACAUGUAUUUGUUACUGUCUCUUGGUUUGUGGCCAGUGUGGUUACAUUACACUGGGAGUAUUUCCAUGAAGAUCAAAUUUAAUGUGAGGAGACAACACACUCUGUUUGGCACAACCUUUCCGGUGUGCCUUGAGGCUUAAAAUGGGAAUACAGGUUUCUUUUCUAUAUUUAGAAUUACAUGUAUAAUUUGCUGCC